UUUUCGAGGUUUUGAAUGUUUUGGGGUUCCCAAAAUAUCAUUUUUUUGCCCCAAAAAAGCAAAGUGAAGACGUUGGGGGAGGAGGAGCCGUGGUUGGACGAYGCCGCCGCUUGGAUCGAGCGCAGCCGAGCGCUGCAGAGGGAGAAAGAACUGGCAGAAAAAAGGGCCAAGCUGUUGGAGGAGAUGGACCAAGAGUUCGGGGUCAGCUCCUUGGUGGAGGAGGAGUUCCAGCGGCGCCGGCGGGAGCGUUACAGCGCCCGGGACCUGCAGGGGCUGACGGUGGAGCACGACCCCAACUCCAUCCCCGAGGGACAAACCCUGGUGCUGACCCUGAAGGACAGGGGUCAGUGGGGACAUUUGGGGACA